AAUAUCAAUGUAGCCACACCCGGCGCUUCGCGACUUUCUUCUAAAGUCCUUCGAACCUCCCCCUUUUCCCGUCAUUCGUUUCUUAAGCUUCUUCUCUCUGCAUUUCUCUACCCGACGCUCUCUCUGCUUGUUCUGCUUCCUCCUCUAGCAAACCCUAGUUCUUUGAGGAUUUGGAAAGAUGUCGGGCAAAGGAGCUAAAGGGCUGAUAAUGGGAAAGUCCUCUGCCCUAAACGGCAAAGACAAGGACAAGAAGAAGCCCGUCUCUCGCUCCUCUCGUGCCGGCCUCCAGUUCCCGGUGGGUCGUGUCCACCGAUUCCUGAAGACCAGGGUUUCUGCGAAUGGAAGGGUUGGAGCAACAGCUGCAGUUUAUACAGCAGCAAUCUUGGAAUAUCUUACUGCUGAGGUGCUGGAGCUGGCAGGGAAUGCCAGCAAGGAUCUGAAGGUGAAGCGUAUAACCCCGAGGCAUUUGCAGCUUGCCAUCCGGGGAGAUGAAGAGCUGGACACCCUCAUCAAAGGGACCAUUGCCGGUGGUGGAGUAAUCCCUCACAUCCACAAGUCUCUCAUCAACAAGUCCUCCAAGGAUUAGGUCUCGUACAAACAGUUCCUGUCUCAGUUAUUUUUGUAUUCCAAAUCGUAGAAUUAGUCAAGUAGUCCCAUGUAUGUGAGGAGGCUGCUUUCUUCUGCUAUGUUGUCACAAAGACGGUCGUGUUCCUGUUUUACUUAAUUCAGAUUUGCUUUUCAGCUUGGGAAAA